UGCGAUUCUCCUCUUCAGACCACCUUCUUCCUUUCUUUUACUUUCAAAAAGUUUUCAACGUUCUUUGUUUUCAGAUCUGGCCUUGCCCAGAGAGAAGAAGAGAGAUACAAGCACAAAAGAGAGAGAGAAAAAGGGGAAAAAGACAGAAACGACCAGACAUGGAUCUGAAACCCCUCCAUUCUCUUCAAUGUCGAGAGGGAAAUAAAAGAAUAUCAGAAAGAGGUAAGGAAGAAGAUGAUAGAAAACAAAUUAAAUUGUCCUCUUUCUACCAUUCUAUUUCUUUUUCAGUUUAUUGGGAGCAAAGAGCCAAAUAGAGAAAGAAAAGAAGAGCAAAGAAAGAGGGAAGAAGAAGAUCGAAAAGAAGAUAGAUGGGUUCUCUUAAAGACCCAACAGUAUUGAAAGAUUCAAUCUCUUGCCCACAAGCCUUGCGCAGAGAGGAGAGAAAUACAAGCAUAACAGAGGGAGAGAACGGGGAAAAAGACAGAAACGAGCAGACAUGGAUCUGAAACUCUCCAUUCUCUUCAAUGUGGAGAGGGAAAUAAAAGAAUAUCAGAAAGCGGUAAGGAAGAAGAUGAUAGAAAACAAAUUAAAUUGUCCUCUCUCUACCAUUCUAUUUCUUUUUCAGUUUCUUGAGAGCAAAGAAUCAAAUAGAGAAAGAAAAGAAGAGCAAAGAAAGAAGGAAAAAAAAAGAUCGAAAAGAAGAUAUAUGGGUUUCUCUUAAAGACCCAACACUACUUAGUCAUUCUGUUAAAUUUCAAUCUCUCUUGUUCACAAGCCUUGCCCAGAGAGAAGGUGAGAAGUACGAGCAUAGCAGAGAGAGAAAAAGGGGAAAAAGACAGAAACGAGCAGACAUGGAUCUGAAACUCUCCAUUCUCUUCAAUGUGGAGAGGAAAAGAAAAGAAUAUCAGAAAGAGUUAAGGAAGAAUGAUAGAAAACAAAUUAAAUUGUCCUCUUUCUACCAUUUUAUUUCUUUUUCAGUUUAUUGGGAGCAAAGAGCCAAAUAGAGAAAGAAAAGAAGAGCAAAGAAAGAGGGAAGAAGAAGAUCGAAAAGAAGAUAGAUGGGUUCUCUUAAAGACCCAACAGUAUUGAAAGAUUCAAUCUCUUGCCCACAAGCCUUGCGCAGAGAGGAGAGAAAUACAAGCAUAACAACGGGAGAGAACGGGGAAAAAGAUAGGAAAGAACAGACAUGGGUCUGAAACUCUUCGUUCUCUUCAAUGUCGGAAGGGAAAGAAGCGAAUAUCGGAAAGAGAUGAGGAAGACGAAGAUAGAAAACAAGAUUAAAAUGGCUCCUUCUAUCAUUCUUUUUCUUCUUCAGUUUCUUGAGAGCGAGGUAUCAAAUAGAGAAAGAAAAGAAGAACAAAGAAAGAAGGAAGAAGAAGAUCGAAAAGAAGAUAGAUGGGUUUCUCUUCAAGACCCAACACUACUUAGUCAUUCUGUUAAAUUUCAAUCUCUUUUGUUCACAAGCCUUGCCCGGAUAGAAGGUGAGAAAUACAAGCAUAACGGAGAGAGAAAAGUGGGAAAAAGACAGAAACGAGCAGACAUGGAUCUGAAACUCUCCAUUCUCUUCAAUGUGGAGAGGGAAAGAAAAGAAUAUCAGAAAGCGGUAAGGAAGAAGAUGAUAGAAAACAAAUUAAAUUGUCCUCUCUCUACCAUUGUAUUUCUUUUUCAGUUUAUUGGGAGUAAAGAGCCAAAUAGAGAAAGAAAAGAAGAGCAAAGAAAGAGGGAUGAAGAAGAUCGAAAGAAGAGAUAUGUCUUUCUCUUCAAAGACCCAACGGUAGCCGGAGUUGUAGCAAACCUGCGAAUACUGGCUCUCUUAUUUACGCUCGCAGGCUCUCAGUACAGCCUACAGCGUGCUUUACGGUAUGUGAGCAACAAAAGAGGGAGAGAGUGUGUACGAAGAAGAGAAUCAGAACGGUAGAGGACGGAGGUCAUUUAACCAUUCUUCAAAAUUGUGUUGUAAGUAAUGAAAAUUUAAAUUUCAUUUUAAUGAUUUUGCAUAUUUACUGGUUGUAGCAAACUUUCAAAUACUAGCUCUCUUACUUACGCUGGUAGGCUCUCAGUAUAGCCUACGGCGUGCUUUACGAUAUGUGAGCAACAAAAGAGGGAGAGUGUGUACGAAGAAGAGAACCAGAGCGACAGA